CACCAAAACGACAACACAUCGACAUUCUUCCUAUUCAUCUGCACUUCCAGAGCACUCUCAGUCUUAGUCGACACAAUUUGCAUACUAUAUCUCAUCGCUAUUAUUGUCUAUAUUAUGACAAAUAGUGACGGUAUUCCCGGAGGAAAUGCUGGACUUUUGUUAACGUCGGCCCUAUCGUUGACUUCUGUUUUUCAAAUGGGUGUUAAAUUAUCGGCCGAUACCGAGCUAUAUAUGACUGCUGUCGAGCGAGUGCUCGAAUACACAGCCAUUAAACCCGAGGCAGAGCUCGAGUCAACUCCCGAUCGGAAACCACCCAAAAAUUGGCCACAAAUGGGAGAA